AUGCGGGAGGAGGCGAUCCAUGAUGGGGUGGACGUGAUCAAUCUCUCCCUCGGCUCGCAGGUGAACACCACGUUCGACAAAGACCCCAUCGCCAUUGCCGCGUUCAACGCGAUGGCCAAGGGGAUCGUGGUGGUGACUGCGGGUGGCAACCACGGCCCCGAGCCGUCUACGGUGCUAAACGACGCGCCGUGGUUGCUCACGGUGGGCGCCGGCUCGGUGGACCGGCGCUUCGACGCCGAGGUGGAGUACGGAACAACCGUCGUGGGCGGGGAGGCACUUGUCCAGGAUCCUGCAUCGGAGGGUCUGCGUCCUCUCGUCUACAACGACGACGACUGCUUCCGUUUCGAGGCCAACAACAUCGCCACCAAGAACAAGAUGGUGAUCUGCAAGGCCGUUCGGGACAGUGAGAUGCAAGCAUCCAUCAUCAGAAGUCUCGAGCUCUCGGGGGCGACGGGCGUGUUGCUGAUCGAGGACGGGGUCCUUGGCUACACCACGCCGCUGAGGGACUACCACAGCUACAACGUGAUCCAGAUAAACAGCUUCGAAGGGCGCGACCUCACGGAUUACGCCAAGACUCUGAAUCCCUCGGCCAGUGUAUUCUUCAAUGGCGCUGUGCUAGGUGUCGAACAUUCCCCUGCCGUCGCAUCAUUCUCUUCCAGGGGCCCGAGCCGUAUCAGCCGGGGCCUGCUGAAGCCAGACGUCCUUGCUCCGGGGCUGAACAUCCUCGUCGCGUCUGCUGCCGGGUGGUCGGACAGCCGGUCUUCCAAGUUCAAGGUCAUGUCCGACACCUCAAUGGCAGCGCCGCACGUCGCCGGCGUGGUGGCGCUUCUCAAGAGUGCCCAUCCUGACUGGUCUCCGGCUGCAAUAAAGUCAGCCAUCCUGACGACGGCGGAGACGCUGGACAACGGCGGCGGGCCCAUCCUGGACGAGCAGCACGACGACGCGGCGUGCUUCGCCAUGGGGCCUGGCCACGUCAAUGCCUCCAGGGCGACCGACCCCGGGCUGGUGUACGACCUCAGCGCCAGGGACUACGCAAGCUACAUCUGUGGCCUCCUUGGGGAGGAGGCGCUCAAGACCAUCACGCGUAACGCCAGCAAAACCUGCUCGGAGGUGGGGAGCAUCCCAGAAGCGUGGCUCAACUAUCCCAUAAUGGUGCCACUCAAGAAUACGCCGGUCACGGUGCCCCGGACCCUUACCAACGUCGGCCCGGCGGAGACCUACACGGUGACGGUGCAUGGGCCGUCCUGGAUGGACAUCAGGGUGUCCCCUGAUACUCUGGUGUUCUCUGAGCCCGGGGAGAAGAAGGCAGUAAACGUGACCGUGACGGUGAAUGGCGGGGAUCUCAAGGGGACAGCUGAUGGCGAUUUCGUCGAAGGCAGCCUGAUCUGGGUGUCCAACAACCAUCUUGUUCGGAGCCCAAUUGUCGCCGUUAUAGGCCUUCCCGACCAUGGUCUCUGAACCAUGAGCAAGC